AUGAUCUCCAAGGUCGCUGUUGCCGGCGCCGCCGCCGCUCUUGCUGCUGGCGUUGCCAACGCCCAGGUCACCGCCACUGGUACCAUGGGUUCCACCAACCCCGCCGAGGCCACCCUCGGUACCGCUGUUAACCAGACCUCGUUCUCCCGAUUGCUCUCUUUGAACGCCAUCGACGACUUCUGUGUCUUCGCUCCCCACGAGCGGGACUCUGAGAUCGGAGACACCGAGGCCGAGGAGGUCGCUUGGUGUGUCCAGCCCCGUAACGAGGCCCGAGUCAUCCCCGAUGGUACCCUUACUGCGGUCCACUUUGUCAAGACUCCCCUCUACUGGCAGGUCCAAGGUUUCGGUGACUUCACCCAGCUCAACAUCAUGGACGGCGACGAGGGUGGUGAGCUCGACCCCCACGGUGCCACCGGUCUCGGUAACCCCGUCGGCGGUAACGUCACCACUAACGCCACUGGCUCCGAUGUCUCUUACGAGGAAUGGAUGAACUACAUGUCUUACGACAUGUUCUGUCUCCGAAUCUGUAUCUCGGCCAACUCUACCUACACUGCCGCCGAAGAGUGCCAGCACACCCUUGACGAGAUGGGUUGUUCUUGGAUCAUGCCCGGUGACUACACCGACAACUCUUUCACCGAGUGUGAUGGUGACGCCGCCUACCCCCCUGGGAUCUACCCCCUCCAGAACGGCUCCACCUCCACCUUUGCUCAGCGAUACACUGGUACCUACACCAACUCUGACGGUUCCAGGGGUACCUGGACCCAGGGUGAGACUGUCACUCCCCAGACUGCCUACUCCACCCCAGCCACUUCUAACUGUAUCACCUACUCGUCUGUUGGUAACGGGAUCUCCUCGCUUGCCCUUUCGGGUGCUACCAAUGGGACAGGCGUGGCGGGAGGUAGUUCCACCGCAUCUGUCACUGGUGCUUCUGAAUCUGGUUCCGACUCUGCUGCUGCUACUGGUUCGUCGUCUGGCUCUUCUGUUGCUGUCACGAGCUCUUCAUCUGCUGUCGCCUCGGAGUCUAGCUCUUCGGGCUCUGGCAGCAGCGUCUCUUCUUCCGCAUCGGCUGGAUCUGACUCUUCUGCUGCAGGGGGCUCCACUGCCGCGGCAUCGGCCUCUGGGAGCUCGUCAUCUUCUGGGGCCCUCUCUGCCUUUGGUGGCCUCAACUCUGGCUCUGCUAUGGCCGGACUCGUCAGCGUUGUCGCGCUCUUGGCUGGUGCGGGCUCUUUCCUCCUCUAA